UCCAAUAGUAACGACGUGGCCCAGGUAAGUCUCCUUGCCAACACCCAAGCGCUAUCAUCCUCCACACUGUCUAAGUAGAGUCAUGCAGAGAUUGGUAUUGAAAUUGCUAAAACUGCUGAAAACUCAGCUCUCGCUACAUGUUCCUAGUGUUGCUCACGAGAUGUGGGCAUGACCCUCGUUCUUCGACCAUUUCUGCCCGUGUCCAAGGGGUAAUCGAUGACCUGUACGAUGUUUCGAGGGUAACCUGGAGGCACGGAACGUACCCUUUUGUACGGAAUCUCUCACCACGUACUGUACGUACGAUUUUUUGAGGCAAGCUGUGUAAAGCAGAUUGUGAAGCACGCUCCGCCGGCAGAAAAUGGACCCCUGUUCAUCAAUGCCCGCCUCUCCCUCCCGUUCUCCCUCCCCACAUCGAGCACUCGGCCCUUCGUCCAAGCCCCACACCCCGGCCCCCCCGCGCAUGUACACCCAAGAAGAAUUCGACGCCGGAGUGGAUGAGGCGCUGGCUACGCAGUCAAAGAACUAUGUUAAGUUUUUUUUUAUUCUUGCCGCCUCUCCCGUUCCUCCCGCCCAAAAUGCUUGCUCGUCUCUUCCCCUCCCCCUUCCCGCCAUAAAACCAAGUAGCUUGCUCGACCUCACCGGACCGACCGUCAACAACGCCAUCGACCUCACCGGAGCGGACGACAACAAAAACAUCAAAGUCGAGGGAAGGGGAGAGGGAAAGAGGAUGGAGAAAGAUGAUGAUACGGAGGAGGAUGAAGAAGAAGAGGGAGGGAUGAGAUGGAGAAAAAGAAGGCGGUGGAUGAGGAGCGCUACCUUUGCUCGGAGAAACGCCACACAGAACCCCACACUCUGGACAAGUCCAUGGUCGGCAAUCCGCUUUCAAGUGACCAUGGCAACACUGGAGGUCGGCAAAUAUGUUCGCGGUCCCCAUUUCUCCAAAAUCGGGGUUGCAUACACCACUCUGGCACCCCAUCAUCGCAAUCCCUGGUCAGUUCGGAUUCACAUGUGUUUACUAGCGGAUUAUAAUCCGGUCACCUCAGAAGCAGUCAGCUUCCUUUGCACCUCCUCGCCGCAAAGGACACACCGGUUCAUAGCACAACAACCUUCCCAAAUACCGCCCGACCAACCAAGUCCCGCUUUGAGAGUAGAACCCGACGGCGCCUUUCCGGCCGGCCAUCAGAACUACACACCCCCCCUCAGGAUCAUUCUGGCUUUUUUGGAUUCGGAGCGACAAGUCGUUGCGUCUCGCGUACCCGGCUCCGACGACCCAGGGUUGGUCACGGAUCGUCGAAAGGGAACUUCCUUUCGUUGGACGCUGGGACCGUGACGGAGGACGCCGUCAAGUAGGUGUCCAAUGCAGUGCAUUGAUUCCUCUCGGCCGCAUUUGGAUCGUGGCCGACCACUGUCCCAGCCGGGUCU